UUGCUUCUUCAGUAACUCUCAAACGCUUGGAGCUUGCAAAAGCAGACAGCAGCGAACGAGGAAGUUUGUAUAACUAUUUCCGUGGUGGAAAAUAGUAUAAUUCUGAAUAACAGUUUCCUGAUUUCGACGAUUUUAAGAGUAUAGACAUUAGAGCAGAAUGGAAACUCCAGCCAUUGGUAUUGACUUGGGAACCACCUACUCCUGUGUGGGUGUUUUCCAGCUCGGAAAGGUGGAGAUCAUCGCCAACGACCAAGGUAACAGGACGACCCCUUCCUAUGUGGCCUUCACAGACACUGAGAGACUCAUUGGAGAUGCUGCAAAGAAUCAGGUGGCCAUGAACCCUAACAAUACAGUAUUCGAUGCAAAGCGCCUCAUUGGAAGGAAAUUCGAUGACCCAACAGUUCAGAGUGACAUGAAACAUUGGCCUUUCACUGUUGUCAGUGAGGGAGGAAAACCAAAGCUUAAGGUGGAAUUCAAAGGAGAGACAAAGACUUUCAACCCAGAAGAAAUCUCUUCUAUGGUACUGACCAAGAUGAAGGAAACUGCAGAAGCCUAUUUGGGAAAGGCAGUUAAAGAUGCUGUCAUCACAGUUCCUGCAUACUUCAAUGAUUCUCAGAGACAGGCAACUAAAGAUGCUGGAGCUAUUGCUGGACUCAAUGUUCUUAGGAUUAUCAAUGAACCAACAGCUGCUGCCAUUGCUUAUGGACUUGAUAAGAAAGUGGGCUUGAGAGGAGAAAAGAAUGUUCUUAUUUUUGAUCUCGGUGGUGGUACUUUUGAUGUUUCUAUCUUGAGCAUCGACGAAGGCGUCUUUGAAGUAAAAGCUACAGCUGGAGAUACACACCUUGGUGGAGAAGACUUUGAUAAUAGAAUGGUAAACCAUUUUGUUCAAGAGUUCCAGCGUAAGUACAAGAAGGAUCUUACAACCAACAAACGAGCAAUAAGGCGUCUUAGGACAGCAUGUGAGAGGGCUAAGAGAACUCUAUCUUCUUCUACACAGGCUAGUAUUGAAAUUGACUCUCUGUUUGAAGGCAUUGACUUCUAUACCUCUAUUACAAGAGCUCGAUUUGAUGAGCUUUGUUCUGAUCUCUUCAGAGGUACACUAGAGCCUGUAGAAAAAGCUCUGAGGGAUGCAAAGCUAGACAAGGGAAGUAUUGCGGAAAUCGUCCUCGUUGGAGGAUCUACUCGUAUUCCUAAGAUUCAAAAGCUACUUCAGGACUUCUUCAAUGGAAAGGAACUGAAUAAAUCCAUCAACCCAGAUGAAGCUGUAGCUUAUGGUGCUGCUGUACAGGGAGCAAUCUUAAGAGGCGACCAAUCUGAAGGAGUUAAAGAUGUCUUACUUCUAGAUGUAGCCCCUCUUUCUCUAGGUAUUGAAACUGCUGGAGGUGUUAUGACUGCUCUCAUCAAGAGGAACACCACAAUUCCUACAAAACAGCAGCAGAUCUUCACAACUUAUGCAGAUAAUCAGCCAGGUGUUCUAAUCCAGGUAUAUGAAGGUGAACGUCCAAUGACUAAAGAUAAUAAUCUCUUGGGUAAAUUUGAACUAAGUGGAAUACCACCUGCUCCUAGAGGAGUACCUCAGAUUGAAGUCACUUUUGACAUCGACGCUAAUGGAAUUCUCAAUGUUUCUGCAGUUGAUAAGUCUACUGGCAAGGAGAAUAAGAUCACCAUUACUAACGAUAAAGGACGUCUCAGUAAGGAAGAAAUCGAGAAGAUGGUUAAUGAUGCUGAAAGGUACAAGGAAGAGGAUGAUAAGCAGAGAGAAAGAGUGGAAGCUAAGAAUCAUCUUGAGUCAAUGUGUUACAGUGUUAAGUCUGCAGUUUCUGAGCCUUCAGUGGCAGACAAGCUGUCUGCUGAUGAGAAACGAUGUGUAGAGCAGAAAGCAGAAGAAACCCUUCGGUGGCUGGAAGCAAAUCAACUUGCAGAGAAGGAGGAGUUCGAAUAUCAAAAGAAUGAGUUAGAAAAAGUGUGGAGGCCUAUAGCCUGCAAAGUCCAUGGUCAGGGAGGCCACGGGAGCAAUGCAGGUUAUCCGGGUAGAACUGGUGGUCCCACUGUCGAAGAGGUUGACUAAUAAAGAUAGUUUUCAUGUUUUCUACUUAUGUUCCAAAAGAUUUUCAAUGACUAUUAUAAUGUUAAAUAAUUUUUCAUACCGAAUUUUACAAUUUUAAAAAAUAAAUUUGUAUUGUAA